AUGUGUGAGAAAGAAGUUCACGGAGAACAAUCUGUGUGUUGCAACUGGUGUUGUGCGGUGGUUUAUUGCAGUGCUCUUUGCCAGAAGCAGCACUGGAAGGAAACACAUAAAGGCAUGUGUGGCCUUUACAAGGCAAUGAUGGAACGAGAAGAAGAGUUGGCAAUGAAAUUCUUCGUCUUCCCUUGUUCAGCUUUUCAGCCAUGUAAAUGGCUUGAAUCAUUGGAUAUCCACCAGAAGGGGGUGUGGAGGAGGAAGUGCAGUUGCUAUUUCCACAUCCCUUACGAUCUGCUUCCUGUUAAUGGUGGACUUUGGGAUUCAUGGGGUGGGCUGGAUGAUGAUGAGUACCCUCUUGAUUCACCUUUUCAUAAUCAUUUAGGGGAUGGAAUAUCGAGUCCAAUCCUUCUCUCUGGUUGGUCAGAGUACUAUAACCUUCGAUCACUGCGAAUGUCAAGCCCUGUUGCAGACAUUCUCUCCCACCCCUUGACAAUCUAUUACAUAUUAACAGCACUCAAUAUCAGUUCAAAGAACCUUUUGUUCAAAGGAAAAGAGGUGAUUCUUCACUACCUUGGGCCUGAAGGGGAGUUGGAUUGGAUGCCAGCAUUUGCUGAGAUUGGUCAUCUACUUAAUGGGAUGAGCAAUAUUCAGAGAGUAAUGGUGGGUCCUGGAGUUCCAAUGAAUUUGUCGGGGACAACUUCAGGGAUAAGUAGCAGAGUAAGGGUGAAUCUUGUGAGGGGACUUUAUCAGGAGGAAGCCACUUACCUAUCCUCACCUCAUGUAGUUAUUGCACUCAACUGUGGAUUAGAGAAAUAUGCAAGUUGGGGUGGAACCCUCAACUUAAUCAAGUCCAUGGGUGUUCCUGCUUUCUUCACUGAUCAGUCCGAACUUUCAUGUGCAAAUGCUAAACAAGUUCUUCGGAGUGCUGGACUGCAUAUUACUCAACCUGUGACACCGAAUUCGUUCCGCUCACCAGUGAGGAAUAAUGGACCUUCUAGCAAUCUUCCCUCAUACAGCAAUUGUUUUGUGUUUGGAGUGAAUACAUGA